UGAAUAUUGACCUUCUUCUUUGCGACAACCCACCUCGACCAGCUUCCUACUCUCCACCGCCGCACCACUCCCCUACAGUGACGAGAUUGCAAGACGUCGAAACUUCCUUUACAGUUCUUCAUACUCUCCAACCCGAAUUCCCGUCCAUAAUUCAGGGGCUCGCGCAAGAUGGCGCUUCUCCAGUACAGGGCGCCUGUCAACUAUGAGGAUCACCAGACUGCAUUCGAGGACUUCCUCCAGACCUUCAAGACAUCUCCCAAGGAUGGCCUCUCGGGUGCGCUGAGUGACAUGAACAUUGAUGAGGAUGACUUCAGCGACGAGUAUGACUUUAUGGAUGAAGAUGAUGAGGAGGGAAAUGCGCGACGAGAAGCACGGAGUCAGGCAAAGGUUCCCAAGCUGAAGUAUAAAGAACUGCUGCAGAAGGUCGCAGACAGAUAUGAGGAGGAGAUUACGAUUGACCUGGAUGAUCUUGCGAAGUACGAUCAAUCGUUAGAAGAAAACGGAACACCAAUGAAUCUGGUUGAAUCAAUCGAGGCUAACGCAAAGCACUAUCUCGAUAUUUUCGCCAAGGCCAUCGAUGUAGCCAUGCCUGACCCAACGCGAGAGAUCAACUUCAAGGAUGAUGUCUUGGAUGUUCUGAUGUCGCAACGAACGGCUCGCAACAAUGCCUUAUUGCGAGCUGCUGCAGAGCAAACCGAUCCUACCAUCGAACCCGAGCUUUUCCCCGCUGAGUUAACCCGGCGAUAUACCCUCAAUUUCAAGCCUCGGACACGCGGAGAUGAGCCAGUAAAGGCUUUAGCUGUUCGACAAGUCCGUGGAGAGCAUCUUGGUCAUUUGAUUACCGUCCGAGGGAUCACCACAAGAGUUUCGGAUGUGAAGCCAACUGUUGAAGUUAAUGCGUACACUUGCGACCGUUGUGGAUGUGAGAUUUUCCAGCCAGUUGGAAGCAAGACUUUCGGGCCUUUGAUCGAAUGCCCUUCCCAAGAUUGCAAGACCAACCAGGCCAAGGGACAGUUGCAUCACUCUACGCGGGCUUCCAAAUUUCAGCCUUUCCAGGAAGUUAAGAUUCAAGAGAUGGCUGAGCAGGUACCAGUCGGUCAUAUCCCCAGAAUGUUGACGGUCCUAUGCCACGGUGCUUUGGUCCGAAGAAUCAAUCCUGGAGACGUUGUUGAUAUCGCUGGUAUCUUCCUGCCCACGCCAUACACCGGAUUCAAGGCUAUUAGAGCAGGUCUCCUGACUGAUACCUACCUCGAAGCUCAACAUGUAACCCAACACAAGAAAGCAUAUGAAGAUUUGGCCAUUGACAACCGAGUUUUCAAGCGCAUCGAGCAAUACCGAGCUUCUGGCCAUGUUUACGAGUACCUGGCAAAGUCAAUUGCACCUGAAAUUUAUGGUCAUUUGGAUGUCAAGAAGGCACUCUUGCUACUUUUGGUUGGUGGUGUCACAAAAGAGAUGGGAGACGGCAUGCGAAUCAGAGGUGACAUCAACAUUUGCUUGAUGGGUGACCCUGGUGUGGCAAAAUCUCAAUUGCUCAAGUACAUCACGAAGGUGGCUCCUCGAGGAGUUUACACAACCGGCCGCGGAAGCAGUGGUGUUGGUCUCACAGCAGCUGUUAUGAAGGAUCCAGUCACGGACGAGAUGAUCUUAGAAGGUGGUGCCCUAGUCUUGGCUGACAACGGUAUAUGUUGUAUCGAUGAAUUCGACAAGAUGGACGAUAGUGACCGAACGGCCAUCCAUGAAGUUAUGGAACAACAAACGAUAUCCAUCUCGAAAGCUGGCAUUUCCACCACACUCAAUGCACGAACCUCAAUUCUAGCUGCCGCAAAUCCUCUCUAUGGUCGUUACAACCCACGCAUCUCUCCUGUCGAGAACAUCAACUUGCCAGCAGCACUUCUCUCUCGUUUCGAUGUUCUCUUCCUUAUCCUCGAUACACCAACAAGAGAUACCGAUGCACUCCUCGCCCGUCACGUUACCUACGUCCACAUGAACAAUAAGCACCCUGACACCGACGGUGUCGUCUUCACUCCCCACGAAGUCCGCCAAUACGUCGCACAGGCGCGAACCUUCCGUCCCAUCGUCCCCACUGCUGUUUCUGAAUACAUGGUCAAAGCCUAUGUGAAGAUGCGAGAACAGCAAUCCCGCGACGAGAAGAACAAAAAGCAGUUCGCCCACACCUCACCACGUACCCUUCUCGGCAUACUGCGUCUCGCACAAGCCCUCGCUCGACUCCGCUUCAGCGAAGAAGUCGUUCAAGACGAUGUCGACGAAGCCCUCCGUCUCAUCGAAGCCUCCAAGGAAUCCUUGUACCAAGACCAAGGCAAUUACGGCCGAGACAUGUCACCCAGCUCACGCAUCUACAACCUGGUGAGAGGGUUGGCUGAGAGUGGACAAUGCAGACCAGAGGAUGCAGAUGAGGAUGAAGAUGAGGCGGGUGGAAUGGAGUUGAGUAUGAGGAAGGUGGAGGAGAGAGUUAUUGCCAAAGGGUUUACGAGGGAUCAAUGGCAGACUGCUGUUAUGGAGUACACAAAUUUGGACAUUUGGCAAACAGCAAGCAACGGCACACGUCUCAUUUUCAUCGUCUCGGAAGCUGCCGAUCUUGCCAGAGAUGCGGAGUACGACAUGGAAUAAUUGCAUCCCUUGUCAACUUUUUUGAGAGCAUGGUUCUUCAUUUGGCGUUCAGGGUCGUGUGCUUUGUUGUGGUUGGGUUUGAGUGCCACUUUUCCAAGGCAAAAGAGGGCGUUGAGUUGCGGUGGUUGUGAAUACCGAUUUUAUGUUAGAGUAGAAGAGGAUGAGUUCAGAUGUUGGUAAUUGAGUAUCAUUGCAUUUUUCUAGCCUGUUGGCCCUGCGUAAAAGCGAGUGCAUGGUUGUGCAUCACGUCCGAAGUCGCGACAGGACAUUUAGAUGGCCAAAAUGUUGUGGUGAAUUUCAGGAUCUCUACUUUCUGAGCUGGAAAACGGGACCAUGUCAAUUCCAUAGUUUUGUUGCAUAUCGUCUCAAUGUACGGGGCCGAACUGGUACAAUGGGAAUGUCCACCAAUCUCGAGUUAAGACAG